GUUCAGCUCUAUUUAGUUGCCUGAUACUUAAAACUCCUAAAUAAGCUUUAAUCCACUGUAAUUAGGACUUAGUCUGUUCCUCUGUAGUGGUUUGUGUUUGUGUGAUAUGGUGAAGUCCAGGCCCAGUUGGUUAUGUUUUGGCAGUUGAUGUGUUUGCUGAAUGUGCUGCUGCAGUGUUGGUGUGUGUGUGUGUGUGUGUGUGUGUGUGUGUGUGUCCACACACACUCCUUUUCUCAUCUGUGUCUGCACAAUUGUUCCCAGUGUUUGCACUGAGGCAGCUGAGUCAGUACAGAUAAGAGCUUGGCUAGAGAGGGUCCCAGAGAUACUGAACUUGAUAUAGAGGAUGUUAGAGGAAGUUCGCCUAGAAUUUCCCCUCAACUGAAUUACAACAUAUGGCAUAUUGUGUCCUUUCACCACGGGUUUAUGGUAGAAAUAUUAACAAACUUGGUGUUGCUCUAAUUACAUAUCAGAGAAACAGCCAACUGGAGUUACCAUUAAUGGUACCACUGAAAAGAUGUGUGUGUGGUGCUUGUGAGGCCUCCUGAGAAAUGUCAGUACUGCUUCAAUGGUGGGAAACAUUCUCACCCUGAAAGACCUUUCAGAAUAAUAAUUUGGAUUGCAUAGCAUGCAUAUUAAUGUGACUCUUUAACUCACUCCUGUUCCGAAAAUGGCACAGGGUUAGAAGAGCAAUCUCAUCAAUCCCAUUCUGUGCAAAGAUGCUUCCGCAAGGUGGAUGCAGGGUAAUAUGAGGUUGAACUCCUGUUAUUGUACAUACAGAAAAUAGGGCUUUGUAUUAGCAAGAGCCAGGCAAUUAAUUACACGUAUCACAAUACACGGGUGUGAUUUUAAAAUCGUAACAGUCAUAGUAUAAAGAAUACAGCACCGUAUGCAUAAAAUCUGAGUAAAAAAACUCAUAUCCAGUCAGAACCGUAUGGUCUGCAUUUGUAUCACAGUCCCCAUAACAUUCAAUAUCAUAGCACUGCUUUUUGAGUAUUCUGAGUGUUGAGAGUGGAAGAUUCAAAUGCCGGCAGUCAGGGGUUUAAACACAAAACACAACUAACCAUUGCCACAGAUAAGUAGUAACAGCAAAGUAGCCAUUGAUGCGUCAUUGAUGAACAGAUGUACUCUAAAUACCGGUGUAAAAACAGCAAUGUAUUUUGCAUUUAUUAGUCCAUUUGGCUGUUUUGCGUUGAUGUGAUGGUAAAUAACAUUAUUAAAGGGUCAAUUCAUCCAAAUCCUAAAAACAUACAUGUUUUCUCGCUCACUAUAAGUUGUGUAUAUCCAUGCUGAUAGUCUUAUUCUGCCGAAACCUCAUUACAAUCAAGUAUUUCCAGUGAACUUCCUUGCAGUCAAAGAGCAAAGACAACCGCAGAAAUGCUCUAAUCUCCUAUAGCAACAGCAUAUGAAGGCACAAGACAUAUUGCAUGUCGGGUUAGAGAGGCUUGUGAUCACAGGAAUACUGUACUCUUGGUGGAAAACAACUUUACGCCUAUUGACUAACAGAAGUGGGAGUAAAAAACAGAUUUUUAGGACCAUACACUUAUAUAAAUUAAGGUAGCUUGUACUUAUUUGCCAUUGACUUGUAACUAGAUCUUAAUUACACGUUAGCAUUUGGUACAUUAUCGGUGAUGUUUUUGUUUCAUUGUAUUGAAUGAUUCCCUCAUAGAAGAAAAAAAAAGUAAUUUUCUGUGGUUCUAUUGCUAUGGUAAAGAUAUCGCUGAAAGUGUAUGUUUUACUUUCCUCCUAUGUCCAACUCACUGCUAUUCUCCCCCUAUGACUCCCCCUGUAGUCUGGCCAACAUUCCUCUGACCCCAGAAACAGCCCGGGACCAAGAGAGGCGAAUUCGCAGAGAGAUUGCCAACAGCAACGAGCGUCGGCGUAUGCAGAGCAUCAAUGCUGGAUUCCAGUCACUUAAAACACUCAUCCCACACAGCGAUGGAGAGAAGCUCAGUAAGGCUGCCAUCCUGCAACAGACAGCAGAGUACAUUUUUACUUUGGAGCAGGAGAAGACGCGGCUAUUGCAGCAGAACAGUCAGCUCAAACGAAUCAUACAAGAGUUGAGUGGUUCCUCCCCUAAGAGGAGGCGUGCUGAGGAGAAAGAUGAAGGGAUUGGCUCACCAGACAUCCUGGAGGAGGAGAAGACUGAGGACUUGAGGAGGGAGAUGAUUGAGUUAAGGCAGCAGCUGGAGAAAGAGCGCUCGGUCAGGAUGAUGCUGGAAGAUCAGAUGUACCCAGAGAAACUGAAGGUGAUCGCCCAGCAGGUCCAGGAUCAGCAGGCCCAAACACAGAGCCUCGUUAGUCUGCAGCAGCACAAGCAGCUGGAGAGGGACCUUUCUUCAGCCCACAGCCCACAGGUGAUGGCACCGGCUACCCCCCCUGCACCUACACACCACGCCACGGUCAUCGUCCCAGCGCCUGUCCAGCCUCCCCUGCCCCAUCAUGUCACCGUGGUAACAAUGGGCCCGGCAUCAGUUAUCAAUACAGUAUCCACAUCUCGACAGAACCUGGACACCAUCGUUCAAGCGAUCCAGCACAUCGAGGGCACCCAGGGGAAGGGUGGCGCCGGCGAGGAAGAGCAGCGGAGAGCGGUCAUCGUCACUUCAGGUCGCGUCCUCUCUGACGCAGCAGGCUCAGACACGGCCUCAAACAGCGACGGGCCUGACGACUGUUCACUGCCCUGAGUUCAUCCCUGACGUGUCGCACGCCGCGCACUUACAUACACACAUACACAGACACACCACUUACGACACAAUAAAGGCCAAUGCAAG